AUGGCUCAUCUUCAAUUCGAACCAAUACUGUUAGAAAGCCUAGCUGAUAAGGUCGUGGUCUUGACCGGCGCUGCAACAGGCAUUGGUCGCUCAGCCGUCCAGCAGUUCUGCAAAUAUGGCGCCAAAAUAGUAUUUGGCGACGUUGCCGAAGGGCCAUCACUAGAAUUGGAAUCUGAACUUGGUCCAACCGUCCAAUUCGUCAAAUGCGACACCUCAGUCUAUUCUGAACAACUCCAUCUAUUCAAGACUGCGUACGAGAAAUAUGGCCGAAUAGAUAUCGUUGUCGCCAAUGCUGGAAUCGCCAUCCAUCAGGACUCUUUCAGUCCCGAUGCCGACAUUGAACAAGAGCCCUCCAUGGCCGAGGUCGAUGUCAACGUGAAAGGAUCCCUUUUCACCGUUCGCAUUGGAAUGCACUAUCUACGAAGGUGUGGGGGCGGUGAUAUUGUGAUGGUGAGCAGUAUUGCCGGCUUCAAAGAAGGUGAGGGGUUGGUUCCCUACACGGCCAGCAAGCAUGGCGUCGUGGGGAUCAUGCGGGGAAUUCACCUUACAGGAACUCGGGAAAACAUCCGAGUCAACGUAAUAUGUCCAUGGAUGACAAAAACACGUCUGGUUCUCGCAAUUGAACAGGGAUGGUACGAGCGGGGUUUACCUACAAAUGAAGCUGCGGAUGUGGCCAGGGCGAUUCUCCUUUGUGCCACUGCAAACCGGGGUUUGAAUGGGAAUACCCAUGGUGGGGCUCGUCUCCCUUUUGCGGGGAAGAUUGUUUUUGUGGCAGGUGGAGAAAGCUACGAAAUCGAAGAUCGUAUCCAGAACCUGGAGCCAAAGUGGCUUGGCGAGGAGAAUAGCAGGGUGCUUCUGAAGGGCCAAGAAUAUCUUGCUGGGCACAGCUGGGAUGCAACGAAAUCUACGAUCGGGGGGAAAUUAUAG